CAUGCCGGUGCGCCGCGGGCACGUCGCCCCCCAGAACACCUUCCUCGACACCAUCAUCCGCAAGUUCGAGGGGCAGAGCCGCAAGUUCAUCAUCGCCAACGCCCGGGUGGAGAACUGCGCGGUGAUUUACUGCAACGAUGGCUUCUGCGAGCUCUGUGGGUACACGCGUGCCGAAGUCAUGCAGAAGCCGUGCACCUGCGACUUCCUCUACGGGCCCCGCACGCAGCGCAGCGCGGCCGCCCAGAUCGCCCAGGCCCUGCUGGGCUCCGAGGAGCGAAAGGUGGAGAUCUGCUUCUACCGCAAGGACGGCAGCUGCUUCUUGUGCCUGGUGGAUGUGGUGCCGGUGAAGAACGAGGAUGGGGCCGUCAUCAUGUUCAUCCUGAACUUCGAGGUGGUCAUGGAGAAGGAGCACCUGGGCUCGCCCGACAAGGACACCAACCACUGGGUCACCUCCACCAACUGGUUCCCAGCAGGGCGCAGCAAGUCCUUCAAGCUGAAGCUGCCAGCACUGCUGGCGCUGACAGCCAGCAAGCAGUCCCUGCCCCAGGAGCCCCCCGAUGCUGUCAUCGUGGACUUCUCCAAGCACAGCAGCGAGUCGGCCCCCGACGAGGCCACCUCAUCCCUGGAGAACAGCUGCCUGGGCUGCUCCCAGCCCGAGGACCAGAAGGCGCUGAUGGACCUGGAGGAGGGCGACGCAGAGGGGCACGUGGAACCGCCCGUCACCCACUCCUCACCGCGUGCCGACCGCCUCAACCUGCACGCCUCCUUCUCCAACUGCAGCCUGACGCGGAGCCGCUCCCGCGAGAGCUUCCACAGCGUCCGCCGGGCCUCCUCCGUCGAUGACAUUGAGACCAUGAAGGGCGAGAGUGACAAGCGGUGCCACAACCGGCACACCAGCACGGGGGUCGGCAUGCACCGGGGCUCCAGCACAGGUGCCAUGAACAACGUCCGCAGCACCCUGCUGAACUCCACAUCCGACUCAGACCUGAUGCGGUACCGGGCCAUCAGCAAGAUCCCCCAGAUCACCCUCAACUUUGUGGACUUUAAGGCAGAUGCCUUUCUGGCCGCGCCAUCCAGCGAGAAGGAGAUCAUCGCCCCCACCAAGAUGAAAGAUCGCACGCACAACGUGACCGAGAAGGUCACCCAGGUGCUCUCCCUCGGCGCCGACGUCCUCCCGGAGUACAAGCUGCAGGCCCCGCGCAUCCACAAAUGGACCAUCCUGCACUACAGCCCCUUCAAGGCUGUGUGGGACUGGCUCAUCCUGCUGCUGGUCAUCUACACUGCCAUCUUCACGCCCUACUCGGCCGCCUUCCUGCUCAACGACCAGGAGGAGGCCCAGCGCCGCAACUGCGGCUACUCCUGCAGCCCGCUCAACGUGGUCGACCUCAUCGUGGACAUCAUGUUCAUCAUCGACAUCCUCAUCAACUUCCGCACCACCUACGUCAACUCCAACGAGGAGGUGGUGAGCCACCCCGCCAAGAUCGCCAUCCACUACUUCAAAGGCUGGUUCCUCAUUGACAUGGUCGCUGCCAUCCCCUUCGACCUGCUCAUCUUUGGCUCUGGCUCUGAGGAGACCACCACCUUGAUCGGGCUGCUGAAGACGGCGCGGCUGCUGCGCCUGGUGCGGGUGGCCCGCAAGCUGGACCGCUACUCGGAGUACGGGGCGGCCGUGCUCUUCCUGCUCAUGUGCACCUUCGCCCUCAUCGCCCACUGGCUGGCCUGCAUCUGGUACGCCAUCGGCAACGUGGAGGGACAGCGCAUCGGCUGGCUCCACUCGCUGGGCGACCAGAUCGGCAAGCCCUUCAACGAAAGCAACUCGCUCUACGGCCCCACCAUCAAGGACAAGUACGUCACGGCCCUCUACUUCACCUUCAGCAGCCUGACCAGCGUGGGCUUCGGCAACGUCUCGCCCAACACCAACUCCGAGAAGAUCUUCUCCAUCUGCGUCAUGCUCAUUGGCUCCCUGAUGUACGCCAGCAUCUUCGGGAACGUCUCGGCCAUCAUCCAGCGCCUGUACUCGGGCACUGCUCGCUACCACACCCAGAUGCUGCGAGUCCGCGAGUUCAUCCGCUUCCACCAGAUCCCCAACCCGCUGCGGCAGCGCCUGGAGGAGUACUUCCAGCAUGCCUGGUCCUACACCAACGGCAUCGACAUGAACGCGGUGCUGAAGGGCUUCCCCGAGUGCCUGCAGGCCGACAUCUGCCUGCACCUGAACCGCAGCCUGCUGCAGAACUGCAAGCCCUUCAAGGGGGCCACCAAGGGCUGCCUCCGCGCCCUGGCCAUGAAGUUCAAGACCACGCACGCUCCCCCCGGCGACACGCUGGUGCACGCCGGCGACGUGCUCACCGCCCUCUACUUCAUCUCCCGUGGCUCCAUCGAGAUCCUCCGUGGGGACGUGGUGGUGGCCAUCCUGGGAAAGAACGACAUCUUCGGGGAGCCACUGAACCUCUAUGCGCGGCCGGGAAAGUCCAACGCGGACGUGCGGGCGCUGACCUACUGCGACUUGCACAAGAUCCACCGCGAGGACCUGCUGGAGGUGCUGGACAUGUACCCUGAGUUCUCCGACCACUUCUGGUCCAGCCUGGAGAUCACCUUCAACCUGCGCGAUACGAACAUGAUUCCCGGGUCGCCGGGCAGCGACGACCUGGAUGGUGGCUUCAACCGCCUGCGGAAGCGGAAGCUCUCCUUCCGCCGGCGCACGGAGAAAGCGCGCCGUCCAGCGACGAGGACGAGCGGCCGGCGGCCAGCCCCGGCGCCGCCACGCUCUCGCCCUUCCGCACCGCCGACGCCGACGAGCGCGAGGGCAGCGACGUCUGCAACCCCCUCUCAGGAGCCUUCUCGGGGGUGUCCAACAUCUUCAGCUUCUGGGGGGAGAGCCGGGGGCGGCAGUACCAGGAGCUGCCGCGCUGCACCGUGGCGGCUCACGCGGCGCUGGGCGCCCCGCCACCCUCCGCGGGCCGCCGCCAGCGCUCUGAGCUGGAGACGCGCCUCGACCUGCUCCAGAAGCAGCUCAGCAGGCUGGAGACGCGCAUGGCGGCGGACAUCGGCUCCGUCGUGCAGCUGCUGCAGCGCCAGGCCGCCCUGGUGCCGCCCGCCUACAGCACCGUGUCCUCGCCCCACCAGCCGCCCGGCCCCGCGUGCCCGCUCCAGCCCGUCCUGCCCAUCACCCCCAUCCAGCCGCUCUCUCAGGUUCCCAGUUUCCCAGUGCUGCCGGAGCUGCCGCGCGCCCCGGACCCCUGCAGCGAGCCGCCGCCACCGCCGGAUGUGGUGCUGCUGGUGGAGCCGGCGGCGGUGCCGCCGCGGCGCCGCUCCCUGCCCGGACAGCUGCCCGCGGCGCCGGACGCACAGACCCUGCACAGACACUGCUCCGACCCCGGGAGUUAAUCGGCAGGGCGGGGACGGGGCCCGGCCCCGCAGCCGCAGGAUGCAGGCCCCCGUCCCGAGGACGCUGGUGGGGGCUGCCCGGGUCUCGGGGCUGCCGCCCCCCGGCCGGCGGCGCUGCCCGCGGGCGCCAGGAGCUGCAGCCCGGGGGCCGCCGCCGCGGCGCUCCCCGCCGUUAGCUGGCCUAACGGGGCCCCCACGCCCCGCCGGCGCUUUCCGCGGCUCGGCUGUCGGCACUGUUAGACGCGUACUGCUCUUCGCCUCCUCCUCCUCCUCCUCCUCCUCCUCGUAGUGCUGCGGCUGGGCACGGAGCCGCAGCCACGGCGCCGUGGCCCGGCAGGGCCGCGCUCGGGCAGCAGCGCGCGUGGGGCUGGCGGCACGCGGGGUGCACGGGGUGUGCGCGCGCGGGGGCAUGUGCAGAGGGUCCGUCUGCCCUCUGCUUGCACUGUGCGCGUGCAUGCGUGUGUGUGUGCAUGUGCGUGCGUGUGCACGCCUCUCCUGCACUCCGCUGCCUGUGCUCACCGGUGCGGGUGCGCGUGCAGGUGGCUGCGCGUGCGUGUUUGCACGCUUGCACCCUGUGUCCCUUGGGGCUGCAGCGUGGUUUCGGAUGCGUGUGCUCAGACACGCUGGCUGCUCGCCUCAGCGAGAGGCAGAACGUGCGUGUGCACACACACGCGGGUGCCACGGGGUGUGCGAGUGCCGGGGCGCGCUGUUCCCCGUGCGCAUCCUCGUGCUGGGGUCUUGCUGGACACGUGUGGCGCCCGGGCCCCACCUGCCACCUGCCCCUCGCCCCGGCCCGGCCGGGAUGCAGCCGAGCACGGCGGUGCGGGGAGGGGGCGCGGCGAUGCCCGGCGGCUCCGGCGCAUGCGGAGGGAUGCUGCGGGCGGUGCUGGCGGUGCUGCGGGCCGGGGGCUGCCCGCCUGCCCGCCCGUCGGCUCCUCGCAGCGCGCGCCGCCGUCGUCCCAUAGCCCGGGCGCGUGCGCCGGCCCGGCCUUUUUACGCAGCCCUGCAUGUUGCCUUCCGCGGUAGGUCCCCCGCCCCGGCCCCCAAUAAACCCGAUGGACGACC